UCCUUGCACGCGCACACACGCACGCGCACACACACCAGUUGUUUGACUGUUCUGUCAAGCCAUCAUCACUCGGACGAAUUCAACUUUAUUCUUCUGGACAACAGCUCUAAAGUAUCUUUUCUUCGAAUUUAUCCAGUUUGUCGAUGGUUCCACGGCGAGACCGCAGAACCAUUUGCAGCUGGACCGGGACCUAUUUCUGAGCUGAUGUCGACAAAUUUGAAUCGAGGGAAACCAGGGACUUGACUGCAGUCCAACUGGCGAGGCUUUUCCCAGAGACAACUACACAGUGUUUUCUGCAAUUUAUGACGGUUUUACUCUGCCAGCUCGGCAUAACGAUGACCAGCAAAGAGCGGCAUGGAUUAUGUCUUGCACGUGAUAAACAUAGAUAAUGUUCAAGUGAAGUAUUUGGUCAACUUUUUACUCAUUUAGACUAUAAGCAUUCAAAUCUUGGAGAACUUGGUCAAGGUUUUUGAAGGUUGAUACUUUGCAGUUGAGUUUGAAUUAUUUAAAGACUAUUUCCAUUCUGUACAUACUUUUUAUAGUUAAGGCAAGUGAACAUGAAUCUGCAAGAAAAGCUCUCCGGCCUGAAGGGUCUGGUCACACACUCUCAAAGCAAACGGCGCUUUAAAGGCGACCUCACAGUGGACAUGAUCAGCCCCCCUCUGGGUGACUUUCGCCACACAAUGCACGUUGGCCGUGGCGGUGAUGUGUUCGGGGACACUUCCUUCCUCAGCAACCAUGGCGGCUCAACCAAUGCGGGCAAUGGCGAAACGGAGUCAAUGUCCACACCGGACAAUAAGCUUGGAGCGUAUUUCUCCAGGAAACUGCAACAAAUCCGCAGGGGCUCUGACAACCGACCCAGGGAGGUAUCCAAGGAUGCAGGACUGCCACCCCCGGCCAUUUCUCCCAUUAUCAAGAAUGCAGUCUCCCUCCCAAGGCUGGAUGUGGAUAUGUGUAACGGGAGUCCCAUCACCAAGGUGCUUUUUCCAAGUUCUCAAAGCACGCCAGGAGAAAGGACAAGUUCUUAUGGUUUGGAAUCUGGCUUUGUCACUCUUCCUCGUCUGUCCCGCUCUGAGCGCCAGCAGCCCUCCAUCUCCAACCCUGCUCCUUGCGGCUCUCUGACCGCCCCCACCGACGCCAAUUUAUCCACCGGCGCUAGCACCGACCGCAAGUUCACCGCCUUCUCCGAUUCCCUCGGCUCCCUGGACACCUUCAACUUUGACAUGGGCCCCUCCCUCAUGAGUGAAGUUUUCGGCUUACUUGAGGGAGACAAUGAGGCCUGGGAGAGAGAGGACAUGGGGUCGGCGUGGGGGCUCACCAACGAGGGAUCGGAGAUGGACUCGGCCACAAUCUCGUACGUGGACUCCCUGCUGAGAGAGGACUGCGUGGGAAGGAAAAGUCCACACGUCACAGAAUGGGAUGACGACGACGUGGAGGUGAACGGAACGCCGAUGUCUGGGAGACUAGCAGAUACGCCGAGAGGCGGGUCACCCGAGCGAGCCAGUUUGGGCCUGAAAAUGGAGAGUGAGCGCUUCCAGAGUGCUGCCGAUGUGCUCGCACGCCAUUAUGGAGGUCAGGGCCUCUGGAAGGGUCACGGCACGGUGGAGGCGCCAGAUUCUGAGAUGAGGAGCAUUGGGCAGUUGAAGAAGAAAGCAUCCUACAGCUACACGGAUGAUGAUGAUGAAAUCAAAGUCUGAUUGAAUAGGAUUGAAUUCUAACUAAACCAAUAAUCUCAACCUCAACAACUGGAUUCUUUAUUCAUACAGUGGAACCCGCUUAUGUUAAACAACUCAUGUAAUUACUUAAUUCGACCUAGACCAUUUUUAGGUCUUGUGGAAAAAUGCUGCAGUGUUGUUAACUUCAUUAUUGCUAAGCCAAAACGUCACUACCAACUAGUGAAAGUAUUAAAACGUGCGGACAGUGACUUUCGGUUCAGAGCAAAAUACACUUCAAAAUAAAACAUGGAGUCGACACCAACUUUUAAUUUUGUAACUUGUUAACCACGGUAAUAAAUAUUUUUGCACAUAUGAAAGUUUUAUUCUUGUCGUAGUCAAAACAUAUAACACCAUUACUGUACUUUCCGGACAAAUUGUAAACCCUGCGGAUUAUUGCUGGAUUGCAAUCACGUGACCUAGAGGGCGAUGGUCUAGAGUCCUAUUAUGGUACUGUUUAUUUACAUGCGUCAGUGUAAAUUUAAGUGUAUUUUGAAAGCUUUAGAGGCAAAAAUACAAAUUAUCUUAGAAAAUAAAUAAAAUCGGAUUGAAUGGAUUUAUACACUCUUAAGAAUUUUUGGGGGGAAAGAAUUGAACCAUUCAUCAUAAACAUACGUUACUGCUUGCUAUGACCUCACUUCCUUGGACACACGGGUUUGGAGAAGAAAAGACUGUAUUUUUCUUAGCAAAUGGAUAAAUUAUAGAUUGCAUUAAGCAAAGAAAUCAGACAGUGUACUAAAAUGAUUCACAACUGUUAAAAUUCAAAGUGCUCAAAGUACAAGUAAUAAGAAUCCUGAUAAACAUAAGGAACUUUAUAUUGAAAAUAUUAGAAUAGAAGAUUUCUAUGUGAAUAUAAUAUCACAACGUACUGGUAUAUUUCUGCUGCUAAUAUACGGUUGCAGAUUUAGUAGGUAUGGUUUAUAUGCCAGUGCGGCUUAUAGUCUGAAAAAUAGAUUAGGUGUGUAAAAGAUUGUAAUGCCAGCAGAAUGAAGACAAGACAACGCCUUUGAUUGGCUUCUAGAAAACAGCAGGGUUGGUUGUCACAAUCAUAUCUUACCCUUAAAUUAAAUAAAUUAAUAGGGAUCAGAGCUCACUCUUCUCUGGAAAAAGAUGGCUGAACAUGAGAUAAAAACUUCUUGUAUUUUCAUGCUAAAUUGUAAAUAUUCAGAUACUCAAUGUUUGUGUUCUGGACUUUUACAGUAUAACCAAAAACAGUUGCCUAUGCAGACUGUGUAACACCGCUAUUAUAUGUUUACAUUCCGCGUCACAAGCGGCCCACUGAAGGCAGCCAUAGUUGCAACGGGGCCCUCAAUAAAAACGAAUUUGACACCCUUGGUCUAGAGCAGGGGUCACCAACGUGGUGCCCGCGGGCACCAGGUAGCCUGUAAGGACCAGAUGAGUCGCCCGCUGGCCUGUUCUAAAAAUAGCUCAAAUAGCAGCACUUACCAGUGAGCUGACUAUAUUUUUAUUUUAUUUUAUGUAUUUACUAGCAAGCUGGUCUCGAUUUGCUCGACAUUUUUAAUUCUAAGAGAGACAAAACUCAAAUAGAAUUUGAAAUUCCAAGAAAAUAUUUUAAUGACUUGGUCUUCACUUGUUUGAAUAAAUUCUUUUUUUUUUUACUUUGCUUCUUAUAACUUUCAGAAAGACAAUUUUAGAGAAAAAAUACAACCUUAAAAAUGAUUUUAGGAUUUUUAAACACACACCUUUUUACCUUUUAAAUUCCUUCCUCUUCUUUCCUAAAAAUUUAAAUCAAUGUUCAAGUAAUUUUUAUUAUUGUAAAGAAUAAUAAAUACAUUUAAAUUUAAUUCUUCAUUUUAGCUUAAUUUUUUUUCAAAGAAGAAUAUUUGUGAAAUAUUUCUUCAAACGUAUGAUUAAAAUAAAUAAAAAAAUAUUCCGGCAAAUCUAGAAAAUCUGUAGAAUCAAAUUUAAAUAUUAUUUAAACAUUUUUUUGAAUUUCUUUUUAAAUUUUUGUUCUGGAAAAUUUAGAAGAAAUACUGAUUUGUCUUUGUUGGAAAUAUAGCUUGGUCCAAUUUGUUAAAUAUUAUAACAAAGUGCAGAUUGGAUUUUAACCUAUUUAAAACAUGUCAUCAAAAUUCUAAAAUUAAUCUUAAUCAGGAAAAAUUACUAAUGAUGUUCCAUAAAUCCUUUUUUUAUUUUUUUCAAAAAGAUUCGAAUUAGCUAGUUUUUGUAUUCUUUUUUUUCCAGUUGAAUUUUGAAUUUUAAAGAGUCAAAAUUGAAAAUAAACUAUGGUUCAAAAUUUUAUUUUCAUUUUUUUCGUGUUUUCUCCUCUUUUAAACCGUUCAAUUACGGUAAGUGUUUUUUUCAUCAUUUAUUCUAUACAAAACACCUUCGUAAAAUGAAAAAAAAUGUACGACGGAAUGACAGACAGAAAUACUCUUUUUUUUUUAUAUAAAUAGAUUUAUUUAUUAAUGGUAAAUUGAGCAAAUUGGCUAUUUCUGGCAUUUUUUUUAAGUGUGUAUCAAAUUGGUAGCCCUUCGCAUUAAUCAAUACCCAAGAAGUAGUUCCUGGUUUCAAAAAGGUUGGGGACCCCUGGUCUAGAGUCUUGUUAACUAGAUAACUAGUUGUCACGCGGUUGUUAGCCUUGAUAUUGGCAAAACGUUCCAGUUGUAAUUGGUUGUCACGCAUUUGUCGUACAUAUUACAUACUGCAUACACAAGGCUGGCCUACAGAUUUGUAGGCAUAGAGAUGCAUGUUUUACCUUUUUUAAAAAUAUAUAUUUUUACCAUUAAAAUAACACUGCAUCAACCAUUAUCACCUUUAGGUAGCUGCUUGUCAACAUGUAUUGGCGUGUCUUUGACAGUUGUUUACCUCUUUGUUACGAAGAGUUGUAAAAUGAGACAGAUGAACAUUUACAUCCAGCCCUUCAAUUUAAAUUAGAAAAGAAAAUUUAAAGUUGUUUAGAUGAGCAAUUCACACCAAGGUAAACGUUGUGACAACCAACCCCGUUGUCAUGAACCGAAUAUGCAAGACGCACUCCACAUGUCGCUACACGAUGCGCAAAGACUAUGUCAUUUCCCGUCGACUUAUUUCGAUCAGUCAUUACGUUUGUGUACGUGGUCACUGUCACCUGGGUUAAAAAAUGUGUUGUUCUUUAUAAAACACUACAUACAAAACACAUCACAGCUGAGAACCACACAUGAUACUCAUGACGCUUUACAAAAGCAGAAAAACCCACAUGAAAAUAUGCACAAAUGGAGGAAAACAAUUUCAACAAAGUGAAAUAGGUUUAAAAAUCCUCUAUUAGUGAUCAUUCUCUUUUAGAUAUGGCUAAAGUCUCAAGAAAAUGGACACGCAAUGCUUUGUUUUGAUUUAUGCCUACAUCAGUCUGAGGGGCGUUGAGAUAAGCGAGUUCCACUGUACUUUAUAAUGAUGCAACAACACUUUGGCUGAGGAAACACUAAUGUCACUGGAUGUAUAAGUCAUGCCAUUCAAUUUAUAUGCUAAACGUCAGGAGUACCUUACACUUAUUGUGUCUUCGGCCUAAAUUCAGAGAGGGGUGGCCAUCCAAAGUCACUUUUAUUCCAGACUUUUUGACUCAUAUCAGUUGAUAAUCCUGCAAUAUGAUACGACCAAUACGAGUAGUAUGUAAUGCAGACCUUUUAUAGAAAUACUAUGUGCUCCUUUAAUGAAGAGGAACUCGUUUACCUGUAUGCUUUAAUAGACAAAUCAUAUUUCCUUUUAUUUACUUCCUAUACAAAUGUACAUGAAAAUAUCAACUGACCUCCCCUAUAAAUAUGUACUUACAAUAUAGCACCUUCAGUGCAAGUUUUAUAUGUAAAUAUUCAUCUCAGUGAGAAUAUAAUGCAAAGUUCUUUGAUUUCAGGAGUUCAAAUUUGGCUAAAAGGCUAAUUAAAGCUAUAAGGAAGUGUUGUUUAUGAUAUUCAACCACAUAUGAGAUACUGAAUUUGAGGCUUUUAUUAGCAAUAGGUCUAAAAAAUGUAUUGAACACAUUCUCUAAUUAUUUAAUUUUCUUCAUUUGAACUACUGAAAUAAAUGAAUUUUUUCAAAAUAUUCUAGCUGGUUGACAUACUCGUGUAAACAUCAGACUAUGAUGUCAUUCAUUGGAAAUAAACAUGCUUUCUUUUCAGCGUGAUGGACACAUUAUGGGCCAGGAGCCGAAAUAAAUAUUUGAUGUCAA